UUGGCAUAUAACCUUCUGUCUGAAAUGAAGGUUUCUCAGUCUAUCAUCACUAUUAUGACUUUAGCAUUGGUCAUGCCCUUUGGCAAUGCUUAUGAUCCAAGUCCUCUCCAAGACUUCUGUGUGGCCGUUAAUAACCUCAAUAAUGGUGUCUUCGUAAAUGGUAAAUUCUGUAAGGAUCCGAAGCAAGCAAAGGCCGAAGACUUUUUCUACUCAGGCCUCAACAUGGCUGGCAACACUGAUAAUAAAGUCAAAUCCAACGUAACAACAGUGAAUGUUGAUCAAAUUCCAGGGCUAAACACUAUGGGAAUAUCCUUAGUUCGCAUAGACUAUGCGCCAUACGGCCAAAACCCACCCCACACGCACCCACGUGGCACUGAGAUCCUUGUCCUAAUCGAGGGAACAUUAUAUGUUGGUUUUGUCUCUUCCAAUCAAGACAAUAACCGUCUAUUCGCCAAAAUUUUGCACCCCGGGGAUGUGUUCGUGUUCCCAAUAGGAAUGAUCCAUUUUCAAGUGAACGUCGGAAAAACUCCCGCGGUGGCCUUUGCAGGAUUAAGUAGCCAGAACGCUGGUGUCAUCACUAUCGCAGAUACUGUGUUUGGAUCAAACCCUCCGAUUAAUCCAGAAGUUCUUGCUCAAGCGUUCCAGUUGGAUAUCAAUGUUGUCAAAGACCUUGAGGCAAAGUUUAAGAACUGAAUUUAAGUCAUUAAGAGUGUAUCGUUGUAACACUCAAAACAAUAAUGUAAUACGAAUUAAAAGUUAUACUACUUAAUAAAAUAAAAUAUGGUGUUGUUCACCUAGUUUGAUACAGUAUUUAAUAUUAAUUUGGAGAUUCAUAACUACUCAAAUAUAGCUGAGAUCAAAUCCAGACACUAUAGAGAUAAGGAUAUAGAAUAUUAAGAUAAUGAUAACUAUUACGUUGUAGUUAUCUAACCGUGUAAAUCCCCUAACGUUUUUCUUGUAUAAAAACUCUAAUUAGGAUAAAACAUGCGCCUUACGCAGAGUGAAUUUAUUUGUAUAUGUUAUCGAUAAAAUUUUUAAUAUAUUUGAUCAUUAUUUUUUUUUUUUUUUUUUUAUAUAUACAAUAUUUUUUGUUGUUAUUAUAUAAUUUCUUUCCGAUGGACCGGAUCAAUUUUUAUUAAAAAUUUUGGAACUAAACUAUAAUUAAUAUAUCACUAGGUGUUUUGCCCGCAUAUGCGGAUAUAAUCGUCUUACGAAUGUUUAUAUUUUAUUAAUUCAAAUGUUCUCGAAAAGUUUAAAUCAAACAUCAAAAUAUUUAUAUAUGAUAAAGCUUUUCAUCAAAAUAUAUAUGCUUGUUAUUGAGUCAAAUUUUUUAACAUUCACAUAUUACAAAUGUUUUAAAAAUAUAUUUAUAUAAAUGUUUUUGUUUAUUAAUAUUUAAUUAUAAAAUGUUUUUAUCUUAGUUUUUAACUUUUAUAAUAGAAAAUGACAACAUAAUAUAUAUACAUAAGAAUUAUCUUUAUUUU